CUAUAGAUUUAUUUCAUAGUUUGUUUACGCGUGUUUUUUUUUCCAGUCAUUUAAUUUCUAGACAAAAAAGCAUCUAAUUGAAAUUCUAUUAACAAAAUGACAUCCGUACAUUGUCAGCUAUGGAUGGGCAGCCUGGAUACGUACAUGACGGAGAAUUUCAUAAUUGCCGCAUUCCGAAAAAUGGGUGAAGAUCCAACAACAGUGCGUCUUAUGCGUAAUAAAUACACUGGCGAGCCAGCCGGCUAUUGUUUUGUCAAUUUCAUAUCGGAUGAUCAUGCAUUGGACGCUAUGCAUAAGUUGAAUGGCAAACCGAUUCCCGGAACAAAUCCCAUCGUUCGCUUCCGUCUCAAUUCGGCGAGUAAUUCAUACAAAAUGCCAGGAAAUGAGCGAGAGUUCAGCGUUUGGGUUGGUGAUCUCAGCUCGGACGUGGAUGAUUAUUCGCUGUACAAGGUCUUCUCCAGCAAAUAUACAUCAAUUAAAAUGGCAAAAGUGAUUUUGGACAGUCUGGGCUUCUCCAAGGGUUACGGAUUUGUACGUUUCAGCAUUGAGGAUGAGCAAAAGUCUGCGCUGUACGACAUGAAUGGCUACAUUGGUCUUGGCACUAAGCCGAUCAAGAUCUGUAAUGCAGUGCCCAAGCCGAAGACCGAACUUCACUCUGCUUUAGGUAACGCCAAUGCCAACUAUGGAUACGGCGGCCCGACGGCAACGCCUACGGCUUCGACAAGUGCCGCCACCGAAUAUUCACCGUAUUAUGAUCCAACUAGCACCUAUUGGCAGGGCUAUAAUGCCUGGCAGGGUUACUAUGAUCAGGCCUCUGCUCCGUCUAUUACCGAUGCUGCCGCCUACUAUCAACAGGCCAUGUCGCAAUCCCACUCGAAUCCACAGACACUUGCUCAGCAGGCGGAGGCUUGGAGCGCCCAGCGCAGUGCACAAUAUGAGCAGCAACAGCAGCAGAGUCCAACUACCAAUACGCCGGCGACUGCUGAAGAUGACUAUGGACUGGAGGAACACAAAUUUGUGGUAGACGUGGACAAGCUAAAUCGGGAAACUAUCGAUUUAGAUAGACAUUUGUACGACGCUUUGGAGAGCUCCAAAUGGUUGCCUAUUGAGCAACUGGAGGUCUUUUAAAAUAUGGACUAUUGUUUUUAUAUUAAUAAAUGUAUACAUCUACCAUAACAAUUA